GUGAAUAAUUUGUUAUUUGCAGUUUGGCAUUUCGCAUGAUAUUUUUGUCUGCAUUGUAUUUGUUAAAUCUGCGAAAAUGUGGAAACAAUUAGUUUUAUUGGCGAGUCUUGCGGUAGGAAUUUGCUAUAGUGGUCCAGUUGGGGAUGAAAAACCUGCUGAAAAUACUUCAUUACUCGAGCUACCCGAAGACACUCCAGUAGACAAAAUAGAUUUCAAACGUUAUCGAUUUCAUGAACAGAAGAAACGCUACUUGAAAGUAGGAGAUAAAAAUGGAUGUGAUGAGAACAUGCGAUUUUUUGCCGUUCCCAACGAUGAGCGAUUAGGCAGAUGCGAUUGUGAUUGGUUUCAAUGCUCAAGACCUUUGUUGUACGAUGAUAAAACGGACAAAUGUUACUGGGCGUGGUCAACGGGGCCCUGUAAAACCGGAGAGUGGUACACCUUUGACGAAAAAAGUCUCCCCAUUUGCAAAACUCAUCCAUGUCCGGACUUCCCAAUAACUGAAACAGAUAAGGGAAUCAACUUUAACUUUCAGAACCCAAAGGACUCGAAAUGUUAUGAGGCUGGGACUCAAGGCUAUUGUGGAGAAGAUGAAGGCCUUCUUAUGAUUUAUCCCAACGAACCAAUUCCAGUUUGUCGAACUACAACCCUCUGUUAUCCACUGAUGGUUCCUGAAACUAUGCAAUGCAUUCAAGGGAACAAGUGGCAUCAAACUUCAAAUUCAAAUUGUACUUUUUGAAUGAGUUUAACCCCGAUUUUGGUAUAUUUUAUAUAUUUGAGUUAUUGUAUCUAAUAAAGAUUGUAUUGUCGGAUUCCUGAAUGUAAAAUAUUCAAAA